CGGCCGCCAGCACUAAAGAUGGAGAAGCGCCGGGGCCUCGCAGGGGAGGGGGCUCGGCGUUGACGUGGGACGCGGCGGAGGCGCCGCAGCCGGUGGUGAUUUGCUAACCUCGCAGCAGAGAGGAGUUGAGGGCGAUGAGAGCGGGCACUGCGAACUGCCGGGCGCCGCCGCCUCCGUGAGCCGAGAGCAACAGUUCCCCGGCAGCACCCUCCCCGGCGCAGGCACACCCCCCCAGGCGCGCACGCCCUCCGCACGGCGCCCUGCUCGGCCGCGUCCUCUCUGUUGGCUGAGGAAAUCUGCCCUGCCCAGCCCUACCCCACACCACAGAGCCCACAAGGUAAGGGGAGCCUGAUGCCUGAACCCCAGGGAGCACCAUGGAUCUAACGAAGAUGGGCAUGAUCCAGCUGCAGAACCCCAGCCACCCCACGGGGCUGCUGUGCAAGGCCAACCAGAUGCGGCUGGCAGGGACGCUGUGCGACGUGGUCAUCAUGGUGGACAGCCAGGAGUUCCACGCCCACCGGACCGUGCUGGCCUGUACCAGCAAGAUGUUUGAGAUCCUCUUCCACCGCAACAGCCAGCACUACACCCUAGACUUCCUGUCCCCCAAGACUUUCCAGCAGAUCCUGGAGUACGCCUACACGGCCACGCUGCAGGCCAAGGCUGAGGACCUGGACGACUUGCUGUAUGCAGCUGAGAUCCUGGAGAUCGAGUACCUGGAGGAGCAGUGCCUGAAGAUCCUGGAGACCAUCCAGGCCUCUGACGACAACGACGCCAUGGAGGCCCCCCUGGGAGACGGCAGUGGUGGGGCUGAGGAGGAAGAGGACCGCAAGGCCCGCUACCUCAAGAACAUCUUCAUCUCGAAGCAUUCCAGCGAGGAGAGCGGCUACGCCAGCCUGGCACCGCCCAGCUUGCCUGGGCCACUGGUGGACCAGAGCCCGUCUGUCUCCAGCUCUUUUGGCCUUGCCACCAUGAGCCCCACCAAGGCUGCGGUGGACAGCCUGAUGACCAUCGGCCAGUCUCUCCUGCAGGGCACCCUGCAGCAGCCCGUGGGCCCAGAGGAGCCUGGCCUGGCGGGGGGCGGGCGGCACCCAGGGCUGGUGGAGGUGAAGACAGAGAUGAUGCAGGUGGAUGAAGCACCCAACCAGGACAGCUCCGGGGCGGCCGAGCCCAGCCUCUCGGGCGGGCUGGGGGACAAGGUGGAGGAGAGGGGCAAGGAGGGGCCGGGGACACCCACCCGGGGCAGCGUGAUCACCAGUGCACGGGAGCUGCACUAUGCCCGAGAGGAGAAUGCCGAGCAGCUGCUGGCCCCUGCUGAGACCGGCCAGGGCCCCCCUGGCCGCCUGGAGCCCCCCACACCCUCGGUUGAGAAGCCCCUGGGCGUGUACUCGGUGCUGCCCAACCACAAGGCUGAGGCGGUGCUGGGUGUGCCUACCGCCGUGAGCUCCGGUCUGCAUGUGCAGCCAGCCCUGGCUGUGUCCAUGGACUUCAGCAGCUACGGGGGGCUGCUGCCCCAGGGCUUCAUCCAGCGGGAGCUGUUCACCAAGCUGGGCGAGCUGGCUGUGGGCAUGAAGUCAGAGAGCCGGGCCCUGGGGGAGCAGUGCAGCGUGUGUGGUGUGGAGCUACCAGACAAUGAGGCUGUAGAGCAGCACAGGAAGCUGCACAGCGGGAUGAAGACAUACGGGUGCGAGCUCUGUGGAAAACGCUUCCUGGAUAGUUUGCGUCUUAGAAUGCACUUACUGGCUCAUUCAGCGGGGGCCAAGGCCUUUGUCUGCGAUCAGUGCGGGGCCCAGUUUUCCAAGGAAGAUGCUCUGGAGACGCACAGACAGACCCACACUGGCACGGACAUGGCCGUCUUCUGUCUGCUAUGCGGGAAGCGCUUCCAGGCACAGAGCGCACUGCAGCAGCACAUGGAGGUCCACGCAGGCGUACGCAGCUACAUCUGCAGCGAGUGCAACCGCACCUUCCCCAGCCACACCGCCCUCAAACGCCACCUGCGCUCACACACAGGUGACCACCCGUACGAGUGCGAGUUCUGUGGCAGCUGCUUCCGGGAUGAGAGCACACUCAAGAGCCACAAACGCAUCCACACGGGCGAGAAGCCCUACGAGUGCAAUGGCUGCGGCAAGAAGUUCAGCCUUAAGCACCAGCUGGAGACGCACUACAGGGUGCACACAGGUGAGAAGCCUUUUGAGUGCAAGCUGUGCCACCAGCGCUCCCGGGACUACUCGGCCAUGAUCAAGCACCUGCGGACGCACAAUGGCGCGUCGCCCUACCAGUGCACCAUCUGCACCGAGUACUGCCCCAGUCUGUCAUCCAUGCAGAAGCAUAUGAAGGGCCACAAGCCCGAGGAGAUCCCGCCCGACUGGAGGAUAGAGAAGACUUACCUCUACCUGUGCUACGUGUGAACAGCGGGGGCGGGGGCGGGGGCGGGUGGGCAGGGUGGGGUGGGGGGGAGAGGAGGUGUCACCGGAUGCAGUCAAGGAAGGACUGUGCCAAAAAAAAAAAAAAAAAAAAAGGAAGGAAAAGAAAUAAGAAAAAAUGGAAGCAAAGCAAAGGGAAAAGAUACUUGACAGAGGUCUGGCCUUGGAGUCUCACUGGGUGUCCUAUCUGGCUGAGCUGGACACCUGCUCACUGCCCCUUCUGGGGGGACCUCCAUCCCCCUUUCUCUUGUGGGGAGGUGGGCCUGUACUUCCUGUGGAGGUGGUGGAAUGCUGGCCUCCUAUCCCUCCUUUUGUGUCCAGGAGUGGAGUGGAGGAGUCUUCUGGCCAUGGUCUGCCCACUGUCUUCCUACUGACCCUGAGGGCCAUGGGGUAGUCUGUAGAUCAGGGGGACCAGGUUUGAGGGUGUCACUGGUUGAGAAUCCAGCUCUAAUUUGCUGGAGCCACCUGGAAUGGAGGGGACUCCCUUCCUCACCAUGGACUUCUGGGGUACUUCUAGGCAACAACAUCGGGGAGUCCCCAGCCUCAGGUCCCUCUUAUCCCUGGGUCUCCCACCCUGAGGGGGAGGGACUGGCUGCCCCAAGAUGGUGGUACCCCUGCCCCCCCCAGCUCCCAAGUGGAUAUCUGACUCUAGAGCCCUGCCUCCCACCCACAGCUUCCUAAACACCCCAAAACAAAAUAGUUGGGCUCCCCCACUUUAGCUAAGGCCUGUCACCCUUAAGAUUCCCGCUGAGCUGCUUUUUUGCUUCCGGAAUGGAGAGAGACCACAGAGGACUAGGUCCUGCCUUCCCCCUCUACCAACCAGCCAGCCACCCCCAACAGCCGCCACCUUGAGAGGAAAGGCAGCCUGGGAAGAGCCCCAGGGCCAGGGGAAGGCUGUGACGGGUCCCCAUAGUGCCCUUCCACACCCAGAGAGGGGAGCCCCCCUACACAAGCCCAGGGCUUGGGGUGUCGGCAGGUAAUGGGGCUGUGGGGACCCCAAGCCUGGGGAGCUAAAUGGGCUCUUCAGUCUGAGGGCUGCUGCCUAGAGUUCCUGGCUUAGCCGCGCCCCCCCCCCCCCCAAGUCCACAGGGAGGAGGAGGAGAAAGCGCUUUGGCCUUCUGUUCUGUUUUGCUUCUUUUCACUGCCCUCCCCACCCCCCACACCCCCAGUUAGCACAUUGUACUUGAAUUACCUCAGUUUUUUGUGACCUCAUGAGCUUUUUCUUAACCCCUGGAUCUCUUUUUUGGUUGGGGGUUAGAGGAAUGGAGUGGGUAGGAAGAUGUCCUUUUCUGUUUCUUGGGAUAACUGAAGGUGGGGUUCAUGGACUUGAACUGGCCUGGGGAUGGGCCCCCACCACUGGCCUCCCAGCUGGAAGGAUGAGGCCCCUGGUAGCUGAGUCCUCAGGAGCCCUGGGGUAUGAGGUCUGGGGCAUGUGAGUGCUGGAGUGACAGGGGGUGAAGUCAUCUGUUCUAGGCCCACCUUCCUUAGCACUCACUGGGCCAUGGGGGAGUGUAGUGUUCAUACCCUGUGACGUGUCCUGUCCCACCCCCUCCACUUCUGUGUGCAUUGUUGCUGUGAAAUCAGGGUUGUGUUGUCAAGGCUGGUGUGGGGCCGCGCUGUGCUGCGUUGGGGGUAGGGUGGGGGUUGUUUUUCUCAAAGCUACCUCUUCUGUUUGUCCACUUGUUCUUUUUGUCCCCUUCAUGCCGCCCCUUCUGCUGCUCUGCAUCACCCCCACACACCCUCCACACACACACACACACACACACACACACACACACACACACACACACUCCCCAGCCUCCCACCCCACCCUGACGUGACAUUUGGAAAGAAAGCACAUUGGCAGUAUUUGUGUCUGUUUGCUUUGGGCUGGACCCGCCCAUUCUCAUUUCUUGCUUUAUGUCUUGUACAAGUCGUCCCUUGUGUGUGUUUGGAUGAUUCUUUGUCUUCCCUUGCGCACUCUUUCUCUGAGAGAGUGGUGGCUAUGGUAUUUCUUCUUCUCCUCCUCCUCCUUCUUAUGACCCUUCUUCUUCUUCUCCUUUCUUUUCCCCUUCUUCUCUUUAGAUCUUAGAAAGUAGUUUAGGGAAGCAUUUGAGGGAGGAGGGUUAUGAGAAAUAGAGGAUUAUGGGAAGGGUCAGUAUUGUUACACCCCACACACACACACAAACCCCUCCUCAGGCCCCACCCCAGCUGCCCUGCCCUGCAGUCUCUCCCGCCAAGUCUGAAGGCCUUAAUAACUGUGUGUUGGGGGGACAUAGACGCAGAGUGGGGUGGGAGUGUGUCACGGGGCAGUUGUGUGCGGCUGCUGAAGUCAGCCGGGAGGAUGGUGCUUGGCAACUCUAGCAGUGACUUAGUGCUUUGGGAGGGAGCAACAGGGAAAGUUCAUGCGAGAGCAGUCGUGCUUAAAAUGGGAGAAGAGUGGGGUCACUGGAGUGGGGUGAGGGACGCCUGACAGAAACCCACGUGCACUAUGGCGUCCUCCCCCCACCCCAGCUCGGAAGGAAGAAGAGGGGAGUGGCUUGCUCCCCCCAAAGGUGAAUCCCAGAAAACAGUAUUUUCAGUAGUGUAGCCAUGCAGCUUUGAGUGGGGAAGGGAGGAAACAGACAUUUAAACCCUCGUCGACACCCUCACCUCCCCUCUUCGUGAAAGCAGAGAAGGCUGAGCUGGCUGAGCUAGCAUUUACAGACUGUAGUAUUUUUGUAACAUUGGUUAGUUCUUCCACCAACUCCAGGCCCUGCCCUUGCCUUCUGCAGUGUGAAUAGGAAAAAAGAAAACUCCAUUGCUGACACCACCAGCCACACAAAAUGUCCCUUUGCGUGUGCGUGCGCGUGUGUGCUUACGUGUGUGUGUGUGCGGUUGUGUGUUUAGCCCCAUGGUAUUGUGAGCUGGUGUCACAGCACUGGAUGAUAUGGCCUCCCCCUGUCCCCACCAAUUGUCCUUGAGGGGUCCCCAGAGGGAGACAGGGCAAAGGGGUGCUUUCUCAGGAAGCAGGAUUGGGAGAUAACAGGGUGGGCUUCCCCCCCCCCCAGCUGCCCCAGACUCCCUAACUGGGAGUCCCUAGGCCUCUUCUGCCAGCUGCUAAUUUAAUUCAGAAAGACCUUCUGGUCUAGCUUUGGUCUGGGGGUGGGAGUGGGGGGGGCCUGGUGGCCCAGGGGAGACUCAGAAAUGACCUUGGAGGUAGUCCCUCAGCUGCUGUGGGGGCUGAGGGACAGGUGAGUGGUGGGGACUUUCUCCCCAGGUGAGAGCAAAGUCCUUGUUCUCCUGACUUGGGGCACCCCUGCUCCCGUCUGCUGGGGCCUGUGGCAGGCCCAUUUUACUCCCUCCUAUAAGUCCAAGGUGGUGGGUUGCCCCUUUUCUCCAUGCUCAGCCCCCUCCCUGCUUUGACAUUUUCCCUCCUUCCCCCUCCCUCCUUCACGUGUUCCCUCCUUCACUUCUGCAAAGCAUUACGAAUCCUAUGUAUAUAUAGGACAGACAGAGAUAUAGAGAGAUAUAUAUAGCAAGAGAGAUAUAUGAUAAUAACUAUGGUUGCUGCUCUGGGGGUGCAUUGGAGGAGGCCACAGAUGUGGGGGAAGGGAGAUGUGGGAUGCAGGGGUGAGGGCAGUGCAGGGGGGAACCGGUGGAUCAGUUACAACCCAGGGAAGACACUGUGGGUUUGUUCAGUCUUUGUGCCUGAACUGUCAUGUUGAGAGAAAAAGGAAAACGGAUACACUGCAUUUUCCACAAGUCUGGUACCUCCUGGGUGGCUGGACCUAGGGAGAUGCAGGGGGUGUGGCAGGUAAUUCCUUGGGCUCAGCUCCUUCCAAGGCCUGAACAGCAGUGGGUGGGAGCAGAGGGCAUCUGUGGCCUAGUCCCUGCUGGCCCAACAGGGAGAAAGCUGGGGGCGCAGCCCCAGGGCAGAAAAGGAGACCCGGCCCCAAUUCUGCUCAGUCGACCUAGGCCUGGGCCUGCCCCCUCCACUUCCACCCAGCUUCCUCUUGCCUAGAGCAUCAUGGCGGCACUUGCGGUUCUCUGAGCUGGAGAAAUGAAUGAGGGGAGACAGCCAGUCUAACCCUGCCAGGUGGGACUCCAGGGUGAAGGGGAACAGGAGAAAGUGCAGGCCCAGAGGAGUGGAUGGGAACCUACUGCUCCCCUUCCCCCUGAGGACAGGCAGCCCCUCUGCAGACAGGGUCCCUGUGGUGUCACGUGGUGUUUGUAAGGUCAAGACGCUGUGGUGAUGUGUUGUGACACCAACCCAUAUAUAUAUAUAUAUAUAUAAAGAUAAAUAAAUAAAUAUAUAUAUGUAUGUAAAUUAUAGCACUGAGGGCCAAGCAGCCCUGCUGGACCAAGCAAAACUAAGCCUUUUGGUUUGGGUGUUAUGUUUUCUAUUUGGUUGUUUGUCUUUUUUUUCUGGUGGCUCAUCGAACGUCAAGACAGCACAAGUGCCAGUCAGAUCGCUCUGUGUCACAGGAAAGUGUGGUUUUGUUGUUGUUUUAAUUAAUUGAUGUUCUAGUUCAUGUCUACCUCAGCACCUCCUCUUAGCCUAAUUUUAGGAGGCUGCCCAAUUUUGCUUCUUCAAUUUUACCAGUUCCUUUUUUGUACAAAUCACCAUCUCUCUCUCUCUCUCUCUCUCUCCAACCCCUCUCCUCUCACGUGGGUUUAUGCCAUUCUCUCUCUCUCUUUCUCCCUCCCCCUUCCCCCUCAUCUGUCCCCCUUAUGGCCACUCCCCCUUCCCCUAACCCAGUUGUACUUACCAGUCCUCUGUUCCCCUCUGAAGCAGUUCACUCGAAGUUUGUGCGGCUGUGGUUACAAGCUUUUCCGCAUCUGCCUUCGUUCUGUGUAGACUGAAGCGUUUCUCUGUACUUUUCAGUGUUCCCAACAAGGUUUAAAAGGAGAAAAAAAAAAAAAAAAAGACAAAAAAAGAAAAAGACAAAAAAAAUGACUUUACUGCUGCAGGUUUUUUUCUCUCCAUGUGUCACUAAGUGAAGUUUGUGCCUUCUAUAGCAAAGAGAAUAUUUUUUACAUCCCUACUAACAGUAAAUUUUUUUGUAGUGGACAUUUUUUGUAUUUUUAUUUAUAAGUCUCAUAAGAAAAAUAGCAAUGUUCAGUUGUAUACCUUGAAUCUGCAGUUAGAAGAGAAUAAAGUUAAUUCAGUUGUCUCUGG